CGAAGUGCCUACUUCAUGAAGUGCCGUUGCCUGAUGUGAUGGCGCAAACAUGGGACGUCGUGGGCGCGCUCAUUGCACGCACAAAUGACACCGAUAAAGCAAAGGAAUAUAUUCAGAAAGUCAAGACGAAAACAAAUGAGGAAAAAAAACUGCUGGACGUGAUCACGGUGGUACUACAAAUCAUUGAGUCGAACCAAUUCCUCCUCGACCCAAGUCAUAUCGAUCGGGUAACCGAAUAUGAUUUCAUAGUGCAAGUCUGGACACCCCUUGUGGAGGCAGUUAUUAACAUCCACGGUUUGCUACGUCUGAAAAUCGGAGAAUCGAGCCCCAAGGCGGGGUCAAUGGCCCGCAAAAGACGGUAUGAUGAGGUCAAUGUCGGGUUCAAAGAGGGCAUUCGCAGCCUUUAUGACACCAGGGCAAAGGAGCACGAUCUCAUGUGCGUGGAAGCAACGAAGAAUGGCCUGGGUAGCAAGCUUACAUUGGGCCGCUCCAAGCUGAUGCGCGAAGCCAAGGACGACUUGGAUGACUCGCUGCAGCAUAUCCUGGCCACAGAUCUAAUUCCUUCCCCAGCUCGUUCUUCAUGCAAGUGAACGCAACGGAAGCCAUGGUAGGAUCGGUUCAUCUUGCGCGUCCUGGUGUGUACACGGCGGUACAUCAAGGCUAUCUCCAUUUUCCGCAAACGUUCU